AUGCGGAUUGGUGACGGACACACAGGUGGAGGGCGUGACAGUCACGUCUCUUCUCAUGUGGCGGGCUUCUCACCACAGAUGUCUGGCUCAAAGCCCGAUCACCCUGGCAGCGGCGGUGUUCCAAACAGCGGCGGAGGUCGGCAGCGUGUCUGUUACAACUGCGGGAAAAGCGGACAUCUCGCGGCCAGCUGUUUUGAGGUUCUCGGUUAUCCCGACUGGUACCCCCGUGGUGGUGCUGGCCGCAGAGGUGGUAGGCGCGGCCGCGGCGGUCGUGGCGGGGGUGCUCCUGCCCAAGCAAACGGCGAGCCGCAAGACGGCAGAUUAGAUGUCGCAAAUCAUUCUUUCUCUUCUGUUUCGUUCUUGUCAGUAUACUCGCAUCCAUUCAAUUUGUCGUGGAGAGUCACUUGA